UUAUUGAGUCUCCCUUUUCAUGUUUCAUUUAUUUAUUACAAGAAAAUAUAGCAGUAGGGGGUUCCAAGCUUUCAUGAGAUGUUUUUUUUUUAAAUUGACUCAACAAUAUCUCAUGACCUUUUUAAGCUGUCAUUUUAUUUGACCUGAGUUAAGGGAGGCCAGGAGAUGUUAACAAUUAGAUUAGAUAAUGUGCUAUCAGAUGUGGUUCAAUAGCAAACAAGCAAGUGCACAUGUGAGAACCCCUCAACAAUCAGUAACUGCCUGAGUCAAAGUCCUUUGGUUAGUCUUUACUGCCGCCAUAAACCUGAUCUCUUCUAAGACAUUAGAGUCCAUGCUUUAACCAAAGCAGUAGCCUUUAUUCUUUCACUGUCAAUCAUAAUGGAGAGAGGACUCUUUCUGCUUGGAUUUGUGGUUUUAACCACAUCAUUCACUAUACCACAUCGCAGUCAAGUACACGAGGUGUAUGAGAACGGCGAGGAUGAGAACCCUAUCCUAAACUUAGGCUCCGAUGCCAACCUCUUUGAGGGAGACAUUUUGAUUCCUAAAGGACGGAAUGCCCUGACUGACCAAAAAUAUCGGUGGAAAUUUCCAAUCCCUUACAUUCUUGGGGAUGAUUUAGAUCUGAAUGCAAAAGGCUGCGUCCACCAGGCGUUCGAGAUGUACCGUCUCAAGUCUUGCGUCGACUUCAAGCCAUAUGAGGGAGAGAAGACUUACAUCAAGUUUGAAAAGAGGGGAGGGUGCUUCUCCAGCGUUGGAGACCAGCAGAACGGUCAGAUCUUGUCUUUAGGAACAGGCUGUGACCACAAGGCUGUAAUUGAACAUGAACUGCUGCACGCUCUCGGAUUUUACCACGAACAGUCUCGUACAGACAGAGAUGACUAUGUGGAUAUUUGGCUGGACCAGGUGACACCAGGGCUCGAGCACAACUUCAACAAAUACAACGAUGACUUCAUCACCGAUCAAAACACGGCAUAUGACUACGAAUCUGUCAUGCAUUACAGACCAUUCUCCUUCAACAAGAAUGAAUCCAUUCCCACCAUCACCACCAAAAUUCCAGAGUUCUACAACAUCAUCGGCCAGUACCUGGACUUUAGCAAGAUUGACACCCUUAGGCUCAACCGAAUGUAUAACUGCUCUGGCCCUCUGACCCUUCUGGAUCAAUGUUCUUUUGAGUAUGCAAGCAUCUGUGGAAUGAUCCAGUCUUCUACUGAUGAUGCUGAUUGGGUCCAUAUGAAGAGCAGCACAGGAGAUGAGGAUCAUACGCUUCUGGGACGAUGUAGAGAUGCAGGGUACUUCAUGUACUUCAAUACCAGGACUGGAAACCCUCAGCAGUCUGCUCUGCUGGAAUCAAGAACCCUUUACCCUAAAAGGAAGCUCCAGUGUCUGCAGUUCUUCUACAAGAUAACUGGAAGCUCUCAAGACAGGCUGGUCAUAUGGACCAAGAUGGACGAUGGCACAGGCACUGUCCGCAGAAUGAAGAAAAUACAUACUUUUUAUGCGGAUUCCGAGCAGUCAUGGAAGAUCGCCCACGUUCCAUUGGAAGUAGGGGUUAAAUUCCGCUAUGCUUUCCAAGCCGUACGUGGAGACCCUACAGCUUCUGCUGGAGGCAUCUACAUAGAUGACAUCAGCCUGACCGAGACCCGUUGCCCAAACGCUGUGUGGACAAUCCGUAACUUUUCCAGGAUCAUGGAAACAGCUAAUGUGAACACUGUUAUUGAAAGCCCUCGUUUCUACAGCCGCGAAGGCUACGGUUAUGGCAUACGUGUCAUACCUUUGUCCAGUCACAGUGAUUACACUGGAAACUAUGUUGGGCUGUACUUCCACCUGGCCAGUGGGGAGAAUGACGCUGUGAUGAAGUGGCCAGCUGUAAAUCGACAAGCCACCUUGGUGGUGAUGGACCAGGACCCAGAUAUUUUGCAGAGGAUGUCUUCUGCUCGUAGUCUCACCACUGAUAUGAGGACAACGUCAGAUGGACAGUUCUUUUGGGACAAUCCCUCCAAGGUGGGCAAGUACGACCCCUCCUGUGAUUGCUACAGAGGGGACUCAUGGGGCUGGAGGAACUUCAUCAAGCACUUUGACCUCAGGCGGCGCAAUUACCUGAAGAAUGAUGACCUCAUCAUCUUCACUGAUUUUGAAGACCUAACAUCGCUCAUUAAAACAGAAGAUCCCAUUGUGUCGCAUGAAUGAGGUCAUAGAGGGCUUUUAAAACAGAUUGAACAGCAGUUGGAUGGAGUACAUUCAGCUGGAAUGAGGAGAAAAGUCUGAAGAUAAUUGCACAGGAAGUGUGAUGUAAUCAAAAUGCAUUAUGAAAUGUCAAUAAAAGGCUUAAGCAAGCA